AUGGCCCUUCUUCAGUCAUUGAUCAUGGUGCAGGACGUUGGUCUCUGGAGCGGGAACAGACGCAAAAUGGACAUUGCAGAGUGCUAUCUGGCAACUCCUGUUCAGAUGAUGCGACACCGGCGAAAAUUCCAGGGCUCUCAUUACCCUUCAAUGUUGGCUGACGCCGCAGACGAAGGUGCUGUUCUCGAAGACAAAUGGCGAAGAUGGGUCGACAGAGAGAAAUGGAAACGAUUAGUAUUCCAUUGCUUCGUUAGGGAUGCACAGUGUUCCAUGGCGACGCUUACGAAUCCCACAAUAUCCUAUGCUGAACUCACAUUGCCUCUACCCGAAUCCGGAGAACUCUGGGCUGCGACUACAGCGCUGGAGUGGAAGACGGCCUGCCUUCAAACCCAUACCGAUCGGAAUGUCAAGGCACCAACGGUCGGUGACGUUAUUCAAGACUGCCAGCUCCUGCGUUCGGCAUAUCGACAACUGGACGUGCCCUUUUCACUGACUAUAUUCAUGCACGCUUUCUGGGCGCUUAUCCUUGAGCAUCGUCAGUUGAGCGCCAUCCAUCGGUCCAGGUCCAACUUGGGCGGGAGCUCAAUGAGCGGAAACCAAAACCUGUUGCUGAGCUCUAGACACCAAGAACUGGUGAAGGAUCUACAAACUUUCCAAAUGGUAUCUGCAGAGUGGCUUGAGAUGACCUGCCAAGAUCACAUGGUUCUCAAUCUGUUGUUGAUGAACCUCCAUGCUUCUCUAGAUGACAUUCAGCUGUUCACAGGAAAGGACGGCGAGGAGGAGGCGCGACGUAUCUACCCAGUUCUUCAGCAAUGGAGCACAACCUCGGAGGCCCGGUCUAGCAUUUGGUAUGCUGGUCAAGUCAUUCGAUAUGCGAGGCAGUUUGCCCCAGGACAGCUCAAAGACUUUUAUGCCGUGGCGGUCCAACACGCGGCAGUUGUACUGUGGGCAUAUGGGGUGAUGACGAGAGCGGGCCGAAGACAGCGAUCACUCUCACCCCAUCAUUCCCAAGAGCUGCUCUGGCUGGAUGAUGGGGACAGCGCGGCCAUCCAAAAUUUCAUUGGUAUUGGUAGUGGACGGCCGGUACUUCGCAACCUACAGGGGAGUGUUGUUGUGUCAGAGUCGCUCAUCGACGAACCAUGGGGAUGCAUGAGCAUUGUGCAAGAGGUGUUGCGGUCCAAUUUCAAGUAUAAUGAAGCGAUACCCACAGUGGUAGAGAAUCUCUGCCAUUUGUUAAAGCAGGUGGGAGAUGCAUCCUGGACAGGAGGACACGCCUGGCCGUCGUCGACAGCUGCCAUCGUCACCGCGACAGCCAUAGCCACCACAGCCUUCAUCGCCUUUGGCAAGAUUUCUCUGUGGCCUCAGAAAGAGAAGGUCCUGCCCAGCCCGCUCAAGACGCUGUCUCCAGCUGCCGUCGCCUCGUCCGAUACUUUCAACGACCUCGUCUACCAACCUGACCAGUUCCCCGGCGCAAGGGAUGUCGACACUCCGUAUGGCUCUACCCGUGUCUAUGAGUUUGGUCCAGAGGAUGGCGAGAAGGUCCUUUUCAUCCACGGCAUUAGUACCUCUUGUGUCACCCUCUGCCGCAUCGCUGAAGGCCUCGUUGAGAAGCAUGGCUGUCGUGUAAUGUUAUUUGAUCUAUUCGGCCGUGGCUUUUCUGACGGCGUAGGCGACCUGCCCUAUGAUGAACGCCUCUAUCUCUCCCAAAUCCUCUUUGUGCUCGCCUCUAGCCCUCUCGCCUGGACCGGCAAGGAUGCCCGUCUCCGUGUCGUCGGGUACUCCCUUGGUGGCGGCAUUGCCGUUCACCUGGCCAACCAUCUGCCUCAUCUGGUAGACUCCCUCGUCCUACUUGCUCCUUCUGGCCUUAUUGACGCCCGGAGCUUUGGCAUCGUUUCUCGCUUCGUCUUCUCUUCUGGUCUAAUCCCAGAGCGCAUCCUGGCCGUCUUGACCAGGAGCCGACUACAGCAACCCAUUGCCGCCUCCAAGUCUCCCCGCCACAACUUGCCCGCCAAGCUCGAGACCAUCGCCAAGGCUGAAGCGGCCGACCCUCCAAAUGGCGAGGAUGUAUCUCCCCUUGAGCACCGCGUCCUGAUGUACGUCCGUUGGAUGGUCCUGAACCACGUGGGAUUCGUCCCAUCCUUCAUGUCCAGUGUUCGGCACUCUCCCUUGACAGACCAACAUGACAGCUGGCGCCGUCUUGCUGACCGGAGACCCGGGAGCACCGCCAUCCUCCUCGCCAAGAGCGAUGAGAUCAUCGACAUCGACGACUACAAUCGCCAGGGCCCUUCAUUGAUCGGCGGCAAGGAGAACGUUUUGUGGCGAGAGCUUGAAGGCGGCCACGACUUUGUCAUGACCCAUUCUCGGGACAUCCUCAAGGUCCUUGACGAAUUUUGGUAUUCUAACUCCUCUUCCUAA